AUGAGUGUCUUGAUAUCCCGGCAACAACAGGGAGCGGCUCAAAAGAGGGCCUUUAAAGCUCUUGUGGAAUGCCUGAUUAUUGGAAAACAGUAUGGGCUAUCGCCGCCUAUGUGGGUGUUGGAAACAGUGAAACGAAAUCUUGGCCCAAUUGACGGCGUGGAUGGAAUGCUAGAUCAAAUUCUUAGUACAUGA